AUGGCAAUGCGCAGCAAAAAAGACCGCAAAGCAGACAAGACGGCAAAUGACAAGAAGAAGGGGCAAGAGUCGAGAAAGAGACCGGCGACCGAUGUCGCCGGAGUUCCAGACGAGCCGAAGCGACUGACAGGCACCGGCUUGGAAGAUGGGGAAAUGGCAGACGACUUCCUGGAAGAACUGCUGCAGCCCGUCCGUGAUGCGGACGAAGAGGACAUGCAAGAAGCGGACUUUUGGAACGGCGUCGGGGAGGAGGAGGACUUUCUGGACGAGGACUCUGCGGCCAUUGCGGAAACUGCCGGGGAACCAGUCCAGGAGGAAGCCAGCAUCCAAACUUCAGAUGUGGACGGGAAUGGUGCCACACACGAUACUCUUGUU